CGUAAAUCGCGCGCACACACAGGAGGAGAGAGAGAGAGAGAGAGAGAGAGAGAGAGAGAGAUGGUGGAUCAGGGAAAUGUGAGGCGUGGGCUUCCUCGACGCGGCGCGUUCUAUCUGUUGGAUGCGAUCAAUGUGAGAUAUGAAAUGGAGAAAGGGAGAGAGGAGAAGCAUACCCUCUCUCUCUCCCCUCACGUGGCAGAAAUCGAUGCUUUGUGGAUAUCGCGCGCUGAAUAACGCUCCAGCAGCCGUAGUUGCGGAUCCCGCUGUCCAUUUGCGCACCUCUCUCUCUCUCCCCCCGCCCCCUGUUUCUCUCUCUCUCUUUUGUGUGGCGUGAGAGCAUGCGCGAUAAACGUUUUUCCGCGGCAUCUUACGCCCGCGCCCGCGUUAGCAUCAUCUUACAGCCGCGUCAGUCACAUCACCAGCUGUCCCGGUGCUACACGUAGAGAACAUUUCCUGAGCACAACCCACAACCGGAUGCUUGGAGGGUGAAGAGAGAGAGAGAGAGAGAGAGAGAGAGAGAGAGAGAGAGAGAGAGAGAGAGAGAGAGAGAGAGAGAGAGAGAGAUGGCGGGGGUCGCUUGGAAGGCCACGUGUCUCUUCGUCGUGUUGUUGCUGAGUACUGCAGGCGCUCUUGUUGGGGCCGGUGAAUCAGAUCCGAAUCAUCAGUCGGAAGCGCGUCAUCAUCUCGAAAGCUUCUUUUGCACUGUGGAUAGUGACGGGGAUGGGGAGAUUGAGCAUCAUGAAGCUUCUCAGUUCCUGAGGAGGGUCUCUGGGGAUCACGCCGAUGUGAGGCCGUCAGGUUGGGGGUUGUCUUCAGAUGACCUAGGUGGAAUAGAGGAGAAGGUCCAAACUGUGGAGGCAGGAGGUUUUCAGGACGUCUCAUCGAAUUUCGAAUUCAACUAUGGUGGGAGUGCGAUAUCACAUGACGAGUUCAAAACUUACUUGCGCGAUAUGCUUACGGCGCAACAUGUUGCUGAUUGGGUGGCGCAUGGUCUUGGCCUCCCCCAGUACGCCAACGCCUUUAGAGACAAAUCAAUUGAUGGGUUGAUGUUUCCUUUCUUAUGGAAAGACCCCAAGGUAUUGCAGGAGGAACUUGGGGUCACAAGUUCUCUCCAUGCGAAGCGCAUCACGGUUGGGAUCAUGAUAAAGAUGCUUGGAAUCGGUGAGGCACCGGGUCAGCCCGCGAAGUUGCGGUCGGAACCGGGGCGAUGCGGCGGGAUUGUUCUCAAGUGGAACCGACCGGAGAAGGCAGGAACCCCUCGGGUCCACAAGUAUGUUGUGGAGAAGUUAAAUGCUCAAAAGCUGGCAUGGGAGAUCCUUGGUGAAUUGGCAGACCAAGAAAGUGAGAUGGCUUUCUUGGAUGAAAAUGUUCAGUCAGGGACCACGUACAAGUACCGCGUAACAGCAUGGGGAGCAUAUGGACCAAACUAUACGACCGAGUACCUUGUGGCACCAGAACAUAUGGAAGGUCCUCCAAGACCUGUGCCUGAUGGUUUGAUUGGGUCCCCGGUCAGCAAGCUCGUGGAGGUCUUAAAGGGUGUUGGGUGCCUAGUAUCCUUUGGGCUGCUGCAUUUUCUUGGGGAGGGAAUACGUUGGGCUUUAUCGACUUUUUGGAUGUUGCAGAUGGUCUUACUUGUGCCAUGGGCAUCCCGGCACCUGUGGACAAGUAUGGGGAGUGCUCUUCCGACGGCGGUGAUGUCUUUAUUUGCGACACCUCAUAGCCAGGUGGAGCCCCAAGAUACCGGUGAUGGCUGUCGCCGCCGCACUGACAACAUGGAUGCAGAUGCCAUCAACACAUCAGCAAGGGAAGCGAAGGUGCCAGCCUUGACGGCGGUUGAUGCACCUCUGGCAUUGCUCAAUCGCCCCCAAAUAUGGGCAUCUGACAGGGAAGCUGGUGGGAAUGACCCAGCCGUGCAGAGAUCGACAUCUAUGGACUCUCUGAAUCACCUGCACGAGAGUCAAGGCGAUGUAUGUGGCUCUGAGCAGCUGCCUGGCAUAGGCCAUGUUGAUUUGGCAGACGGUGGAUCGGUCAGUCAUGCCACUGCAGUUGCCGAAGCUGGCCGCGCGCCAAGAAAAGCGCUGAAAAAGAGCUGCAAUGCAGACCAAUGCAAUGUUCGAUUCGACUGGUCUUACUGGAAAUCCAAACACUACUGUAAGCGAUGCCAGGGCGUAUUUUGUCAGGAGCAUACGAAGUAUGCGGACCACAAUCGGUGGACGUCAUGCAAGCUCGAGACCCAGUGCCUCUGUAACAGCUGCUUCAGAAGAGAGCCAAGCCCAGUACGAGCCCGAUUAGCGAGUGAGAACAAGCUCUUGAAAGGGGAGGUGCGUUCGCCCUCCACUGCCUCCAGGAAGAACAGGAAGGAGCGACCCGAUGUUCCGGGUAGGAAGAUUUCAGGUCGGGAUCCCCUGACACCAUGCAGCCUUAGCAACCAUAUGAGUCUUAAGCGUGUCAAUUCCACUGGCAGUGCUGGAUACUACAGUGACGAGCAAGAGAAUGUGUCGAGAAUGGGGAAUAUGGCUGUUUCAUCGGGAAAUUACAGUGUGAAGUCCGUCCUGCGUCGUUCAUCCAGUGCGAUGCAGUUCACAGUAGUUCGGGCGCCUCCCUCCUCACCUGUGGGAGUGCCUUGUCAGCAAGUGGUUGAUGGGCUUGCAGAUAUCGAGCAGGGCGAUCAGCUCCCUCUGCGAGCAACGGAUGAACAGUCUGGUGCUGGGAGAAGCAGAAGCCGCGAGCUGUCAGCCUCCGUCAGAGGCAAUGGCACACUGUCUGAUUGGUGGAAGGGAACUGGAAAUCAGGCCAAAUGCACUGAAUCAUCCAGGGAAUGCAUGAAUGAGCCUGCUAAAGAUCACAAACCUUUGAGGUUUGUUGAAGCAAACGGGGCUCCCGGGAAAGUUGGUCAGCAAACAUCCAGUUUGAAUGACUCGUCUAUUCCCACAGGAAGAACCCGAACCAGUUGCCAUGCUCCAUCCUCAAGUGCACACCGACCCCUUUUACUGCUUCCUGCCCCGGCGUCAACGUCAAAUACUCUCCCUACGACAGCCACUGUCCUGGGAGGGAGGGGAUUAAUUGGAGGGACGCCAAGGGCUCAUUGCAUAAGAGAUCUUGCUAAUACCAUCAAAUUUGUUGAGGAAGCAGGUCCAGAGAUGCAAGACGGUUCUCAUUCUUCUGCGAAUGGUGGCCCUCUUUCGAAUGCCGCUGCCUCAGGGAAUAGUGGAAUAGUGGGAAUGAGUCUUGAGGGAACUAAUGGGAUUGGAGCUCCGAAGAAGGGAGACGAGGUAAGGGAUCCGCCCUUGAGAAAGGGAGGUGAUAUCCAACAAGCUGCUGCUGGUUUAAGGUCGCCUGAAGGCUGCAUUGUGUCUUGCGACAAAAUGCCCACUCGAAGCAAGUGGCAAGUUGUCAAGCAGCUCGUCUUCUCAUCUGCUAUCCGGCAACAAAGAGGAUUAGACUCGCAGCCGGAUUGUUGCAACAGCACUCCUGCGUGCGAAGGAGGCGCGCAAAUUUCAUCGGCAGAGAGUAGUGAAGAAGGCCCACCAGCUGGAGGCAAUCGGCAGAUUGAUUUCGUCAAAGAGCAUGGUAAUAGUAAUAAUGUAAAUGUUGAAGAGAGGCCGCAUGCUGUUGUCCCCUCGCCGGCAGGUCGGGAAAGCGUCAUCAUCGCUGUAUCAUCACUGUCAUCGCUUACGAGUUGUUCCAGUUCUUCGUCCAUAUCCUCGUCAGAGUCUUCUGCAGACCCGAUGACAACAACAGAAAAAGACGAUAGCAAAACUCCUCAUAGUUCCUGCUGCUCGGAGCAUGAGGGACACUGUGGAAGUGGAAGCGAUGAAAGCCCCUCGGUUUGGGCUGCAGCCAUGAGUAAACAGAAGACCAGCUUGCAGGUAAAUGGGCACGAGCCACCGGAAAAGUGCGAGAGGGAUGAGAAGAAAGAGAAAGGGGAUAAAUCUGAAGCAUGCAGUGCAUCACAUCCGCUCAAACGGAAAUUGGGCUUGUACAGACGAUCUCUCAGCGGGAGGUUGGAGUUAAUGCUUCAGGGCGGCAAUCACUCCCUAGAUAACAAGGGUGGCUCUGGAAAUGCCCACAGUGCGAGCAGCAGCAGUGAAGUGCACUCAAAGUCGGAAGGGGGUCUGAAUUUCUUGACUGCAGCAAAGAAGGCAAGACGGCGAUGGCGACUUGCUGGGAUCUGUGUGAUAUUUAGCAGAAGAAGUCGGCCACGCUCACCGUCAACUCCUGAUAGCUACAAGAAGCUCAGUUGGGCUGAUUCUGAAAGCCAAGCUCCUCCUACAGUAUCCAUGUCUCGUACUCCAAGCUUUGGUGAACGCUUGGGGAGAGUUGGAGAUAGUCUUCAAACUAAUGCAAUGACAAGAUUGGCAAGACAAUAGGGGAGGCCACUCUCAUUGCAUACAUUGCAGGUGGGAGCGUUAGAAUGUAGCAGUUUGCAGGCAAGGACUUUGUUAUGCAACAUUCACUAGCAACCUUCCACAUAGCCCAGGACACGCACAUGCUCUGGAGGAGUCAGCCCUACAUUAAUUCCUAGUGAGAGUGGACUGUAAUUUGUGAACGUCCGGGCCCAAGGCUUGCGCACACAGUCGCAGAUGUGUGUGUGCGCCAAGAGAGAGAGAGAGAGAGAGAGAGAGAGAGAGAGGGCCCAAGGCUC